AAUCUAAUUGUGAGAGCUGUUCUCUAGUUCCAAGUUCAGUCGGAAUGAAUGUGACACUGGACACCUGAGACCCUGCUCUUAUGCAGAAGCGAAUUUAAUAAAUACGUGUUCAUUGACUGAUUCUCCUUUACAAUCUUUAUCAGACAGCAGUCAUCAAACACCUGGCGAGUCCAUCGUGACCAUUCUGUGCCUCUGAUCUAUCGAUCACCAGCACGAGAUUGACAAGCGGAGAAUGGGGCUUUGGGUUUUGGCAGUUCUGACAGUUUCCAUGUAUUCCUCAGUAACCAAGAGCAGUAAACCAGUCUGGGGUCUGGAGGAUGAGGCUUUAAUUGUGAGAUGCCCCCAAGGCGGAGGCCCGCUUGAUCAUGUGGAAUGGUUUAACUCAAGUACAAAUGAGAGUAUUUCUACUCAGGAAAGCAAUGGGAUCGUUGUCUCCAGAGACCGCCUGAAGUUUCUACCAGCCAGAGUGACUCACUCUGGGAUCUAUGCUUGCGUGGUCAGAAGCCCCGACUUUAAUAUGACUGAAUACAUGAAUGUUACCAUACAUAGAAAGAUAACAGGCUGCAACGUUCCCGAUCAUUUGAUGUACAAAACAGUAAGUGGAUCAGAAAAGAACUCCAAGAUAACUUGUCCAACAAUCUCCUACUAUAAUUGGACAGCGCCUGUACAGUGGUUUAAGAACUGCGAAGCUCUUCAAGAACCAAAGUACAAAGCACACAGAGCAUACUUGUUCAUUAAUAACGUGGGGCGAGACGAUGAAGGGGACUACACGUGUAAAUUCACGCACACGGAGAACGGGACCAGUUACAACGUGACGGCAACCCGGUCAUUCACGGUCCAAGAAAAAAGCUUUUCUGUGUUUCCAGUAAUUAAAUUCCCUCCACACAACAAAACCAUUGAAGUAGAAAUAGGAAAACCAAUGAAUAUCACCUGCUUAGCUUGCCUUGGAAAAGGCUCUCAGUUCUUGGCUAAAGUCCUGUGGCGGAUUAAUGAAAAGAAUGUUGAAAAGUAUGACAAAGCAAGAUUUCAAGAGGAGAAAGAACAAAAUCAAAGUUCCAGCGGUGACAUCGAUUGUUUAGCCUCAGUGUUAAAGAUAACUAAUGUGACAGACAAGGAUUUGUCCCGGAAAUAUGACUGUCUGGCCCUGAACCAUCGUGGCAUGAUAAGGCACACCUUGCAACUGAGAGAAAAACAGCCAACCAAUCACCAAAGCACCUACUACAUAGUUGCAGGAUGUAGUCUGUUGCUCAUGCUAAUCAAUGUCUUGGUGAUAGUCUUAAAAGUGUUCUGGAUUGAGGUUGCUCUGUUCUGGAGGGACAUAGUGACACCUUACAGAAUUCAGAAUGAUGGCAAGCUCUAUGAUGCCUACGUCAUCUACCCACGAGUCUUUGAGGGGAGCUCAGCAGGAACCACCUCCGUGGAGUACUUUGUUCAUCGCACUCUGCCCGACGUUCUUGAAAAAAAAUGUGGUUACAAGUUAUGCAUUUAUGGGAGAGACCUGUUGCCUGGACAAGAUGCAGCCACCGUGGUGGAAAGCAGUAUCCAGAACAGCAGAAGACACAUGUUUGUCCUGGCCCCUCACAUGACACACAGCAAGGAGUUUGCUUACGAACAGGAGGUUGCCCUGCACAGUGCCCUCAUCCAGAACAGCUCCAAGGUGAUUCUCAUUGAGAUGGAACCUGUGGGUGAGGCCAGCCGACUGCAGGUUGGGGACCUUCAAGAGUCUCUCCAGCAUCUCGUGAAAAUGCAGGGGACCAUCAAGUGGAGGGAAGACCACGUGGCCGACAAGCAAUCUCUAAGCUCCAAAUUUUGGAAGCACGUGAGGUACCAGAUGCCAGUGCCAAACAGAUGCCCCAAGAUGGCAUCUGGUGUGGUUCCUUUGAGUGGAAGACAAGGCGUGCUUACCCGAAACGCUUUGGAGUUGUGGUCCUGAUCACCCACAGCUGGCUGUGCCCUUGCAGCAGGCAGCGGAGUGGAGCUGUGGAGACUUGGGAUGUCAAGGGUAGCAGCCCCAGGCCCCAGCUAGCAAACUACUUCAGUAGUUUUCCUACUUGUGGGUGGGGCCGUGCCUCCUUUCUCUAUGCUUUCCUUUGUCUGUUUCGUUCCUUUGCGGCACACGGUCAUCCCUGUGCCUUUUCUUCUCUUCCAUGUCUGUCUUUAUUCUUCCUUUUAAUUGAUGAGGAUCAAUAAUCUGGUUUCUGAAUAGCAAGCUGAUGGUUCUAGAAUAGAAUUCUGAGUGUUCUCAUGCCCAGAGAUGGAACCCCAGUGGUAAAUCACAUUUCCCAACACGCCAGAAUUUCUUUCUGUUUUUUGGCACUUACGCAGUUUUGUCGUGUCAAUAUGGCUAAAUUUUGUUAGACUGCCUUAUCUAAAUUGCCAUGACCAUCAAGCCUUUUCCAGUUCCAGUGUCUUUCAUAUAGUUUUAUUCUCUUUAGAAAUACUUUCUCACUGUAAAAGUAAUAAAGGUAUAUUUGAAAAAAAAGACAGUGUGAAAGAAAAUAUAAUAAAAAGCAAUCGUAACCCUGUCAUCUUAAGAUGAAUUUUGGCAAGUAAGACCAUACUUUAAUAUAUCUUUCCAAUGUGUUCAUAUAAUUUGUAUAGCUGGGAUUGUACAAUACUGACUCUAAAUUUUUCCUAUUUAGCACCAUAAUGAAACUCUGUGGCAUGGUACUGAACUCCUUUAACAUUUACAGAUGUUAAUUUACAUGUUCAGAACGCCACAUUUCAGCUUGUGCUGCAGACGCCUGCUAAAGCGGCCACCAUGAGAAACAAGUCUGGCACACUGCGGCGGCACCAGCGCUUCUCCUACCUACUGACUCAAAGAGGUUUUGUCACCGUGAGACAACUUACAUUUUGUGACAUUUCUGCGAAAUGUAUAGGGAAUUUUGGCAGAACAAGCAAUUUGUAGUCAAAGGUCCUCUGGACAGUCGUCUUCAGGAGAAUACAAUACUUUGGUGCCAUAGACACCUAGGAGUGGAUCCGGAGGCAAGCAGGUGUCUUACUGGUACCUCGAGUUUUGCUGGUGGAUAUGAGUCCUGCCUUAGUUGGGUUGCUCACUAAGUGGUGGGAUUGAUGCUGAAAUGACUGGAAGCAGAAUAGAUAGACUCUUGAAAUGAAGAGCAAUCUUGAACUCGUGGUCAACAUAUAUUUCGGAGUCCUGACUGCAGAUAAAUUGUAUACCCAGAAAUCUGUGUAAAGGAUGUAGAGUAACCUAUCUUUCUAGGGACCCCGUGCUCUUAAUCCUUACGUUGGUGUAUCAAGUAAACGUUCAAAGUUCAGUUUAAAGGCUGAUGCUUUAGCUGAAGAAGGUGUGGAAUUCAAACUUACCUGUGCAUCCAUCCUGUGGUUGUUCUUGUUAAAUCCUCUUGCCCCACUGUAGUGGAUGGUUGAGUUCUUAAGUAAUGUUAUCUACUCUUAUUAAAUGGCCAAACACUGACCUAGGAAAAGCAGGCUGUGUGUAUAACUGUUCACACAGUAGAAUGUGGGAACAGGAAAGAAUCCUUGCUUUGGAUAACUAGCUCUGUGGUUGUAAGUUCCUUAAUCUCCUCAAGUAAAAGUUUUCUUAGGUCUGAUGAAAUGUAAUACCACAUUGGAUUCUUUGGCUAACAGAAAAUAGAAGAAUUUGGACCUCAGAAACAACUCAGUAAGCGCUAAUGUUUGGAAUUGUGAAAUGUCAUUGUGCACCACGUGAAACUGACUGUAUUCUGUGAUUUACCUUAAUGAAGACCUCUUAAAAAUAAAAUUCUCUCCAGUUA